AGGGAUCAAGCGAUCUGGCAGCCGAGGUGGGAUUGAUCAUUAACCUGACCACUGGAUUUAUUGUGUACAGUGAUGCUGCGAGGAAGCAUUUCUCACUCUCUGCUCUCUAUGAGGACUUGUGAGAGACCUCUGUCUGUGUCUGACCAACUCAUCAUCCAGACCAGAGCUUGACUACAGCCAUCCGACUACAGCAUGCUCACCUGCCAUAGCUCUCAUUCCAGGGUGUCCCAGACAGGAAAGGCCAGAAGAGGUCAGACCCAGUCCGGCCACUCUUGUCAAAGUACCCUUGAGCCGGGAGGCCACCAGCACGUGAGCCAUGGCGAGGACCUAUGUGUUUCUGGUGCUGUCAGAGACUUGAAUUGCCCUGUGUGUCUGCAAAUGGCCACAUUCCCUGUGGAGACCAACUGUGGACACCUCUUCUGUGCUCCCUGUCUGAUAUCCUACUGGAAGCAUGGCUCCUGGUUAGAUGCCAUUAGCUGCCCUCUCUGUCGACAGAAGGUGAGUGUCCUGUGUCACCUCUUCACCGAGAGCCGCUCGGACUGCCAACAGCGGGAGGUUCUGAGCCACAUCAAAGACUACAACAAGCGUUAUUCUGGGGCCCCUCGCCGGGUGACGGACUACCUGUACGACAUGCCCUUGUUCCUGCACCUGGCGCUGCGUAGCUUGGGCAACAUGGGCGGCCUCGUGUGGCUCUUCCUGCUGAGGGUGGCCGUCUGCUGUUUCGGGGCGGCCGUGUCCCUGGCUUCCCCUCUAGAGGGCGCCUCGGGACCCUUCAGCGGAGCACUGGGGCUUCUGGAUGACCUGGUGGUGGUCUUCCUUCUCCUCAUCUGUGUCAUUAAUAUCAACCAGCAGAUGGCGCCAGACGCAACAGCCAGGAAUCGCACAGCAACACAAGGUGUGCUGACCGACACCUUAUUGUGACACCUUAUGGCCCAACGACAAGGACUGUCAAACAAGAUUGUUUACUUCCAAUAAGUUAUUGCUGGAUACAGCUAUAUAUGUAUAUAUAUAUUACAUACAGCUAUAUACAGGGCUGUGUUUUAAAGUAUAGCACAAUGUGCAUUAUGUGUGUUAAGAAGACAAUGGGACUUGAGUCUUAAAGAAACGGACUUGAGCAGAAUAUGUUAGUAUAGGUUGAAUGUUUACGUAAUUUGAGGGAUUUGUUAUAAAGUAUGUACUCACAAGAACAUCACUGAGGAGGACGUUUAAGGAAGUAUGUGGCCGGUGAAUAAAUAUGCUAAAUGCAGAGAAAAUGACUGAAAUUGUGUCUGGACUAAAAGUUGAACUUCUUCGUAUUACUCAUGAUUUUACUCAGUUUUGCUCAUGUAGUUUACAGACUGCGCCUGAGGUUCCCUCAGUGAGAGGUCCUGGAGUAAAGUGAGACUAACUGAGGGACAUGUUCAAAUCCAUUGUCAAAACACAGCCCACAAACUUGACUAAACCAUUGAAAUGUGAAUCCUUUGACUUAAAUAUGUUGAGUUGAGUACAAUUGUACCUAUUUUAAUGUACAAGCAUUUUGAGUUGGUUCAUACUGUAAUCCUAUCCCUGAGAAGGCCUGGUUGAUGUUAAUAACAGUAAAUGUAUUGUGAUAUUGUAAAUACAUGGAUAUUAACUGUAUCUGUAUGUAAAGUUGUAAUAAAUAAACAAUUUAUU